CAGUGUCCAAGAAUGGAUCACCAAAACACGCGCACCGGCGAGUGCGGGCACAAGACCUGGACCAGGAUCUACUUGUUCUACCUUCACGUCGCCGUCAAACUGCGAGGCGCCGAUGCUAUCGAAGCGAGACUCCAGCGGGCGCUGCAGCAGCAGCCGAACUCUGGUGAUAUGACGCUCAGCAGCUCCGAUCGCACGCUCCUAAACAUAUUUGGUGAUUAUAUGCUCGAGCGUCUCUGCCGCCUCAACCCGACUGAUGAGUGGGCCGAUGGGUACGAGCGGUUCUUGGCCCGGCUGCCGGGCCACAUUGGCCGCCACGGAAUCGACGAGGACACGCUCAGGUUCUGCAAGUGGCUGUACUCGACUCUCGCGGACCUACAUAUAAUCGAGCAGCUGCCGGAAGGCGUACCGUAUCUUUCGCCACAGGACCUCCAGGUACUGACCAGUGAUCACCUCAUGGCUCCCUGGAGCAGCAGCAGCAGCAGCAGCAGCAGCAGCCCAGAAUCCCCCGAUGCCGCCACGGCGGCUGCCAGAAUGCCCGCGGGAGUAUCCGUCAACGCGCGUGGUUCGCUGGGCGAUGAGGAAGAAGAAGAGUACCUUACUGGGUUCACGUCAGUGGCAGACUCCUCGGCGUCGGCCAUCACUUCCCCGUUUGGCUCGUCUACAGGACUAAGCAGGCUUUCGACCCCAUCAACGCAGUCGGCUAGCCUCCGCCCAGUGGCCACGACCGCCACCACCCCUGCAAACAACACCACACGCCAGCCGGAGCACGAAUUAGGCAACGACGGGGGUCGUCGGGACCGCGGAGCGCAGCAUCAGCAGCAACACAUCGUCGCACAAGAACCCAACGGCCUUGUUCGCCCGCUCCCGCCUGUGGGCCACCGGGUCGACUUGCCCGCCUGGAACACGCGCGGCGGCGGCCGAGCGGGCGACUACCCAAACGCCCAGCGAGGCAGUCUGUCGUACAGCUUCGUCCCCUACAGCUCGAUGCCUGCAGUGGCACCGGAACUUCAUCCGCCACCAAGAGGAGCGUAUCCGCCGAGCUACUUUCGCUACGACCGGCCUCUGUCUCCGCCAUCCCUGGCCAGGUUCGACUCGGUCUUGGGCAGGAUGCUACCGGGCAGCUUUCCUGCGCCAUACUACCCAUCAAUGUCACCGACUCCACCUGCCUAUUUCACCUAGAGCCCAGUUCUUUUCAUCAGUGAUCAAUGUGAUGGUGGUGGUGUAUGAUUCGGUGCUCUGUGAUUUGUCGCUAGAGCUUGUGGAACGGUACUAAUUAUCAUCAGAGAGAGUUCCGGCACGCCAAGCAGUCGUAUUUCGGGGACUAUACUUGCUUCAGGAGCGAGUUUCAGUAUGAAUAGCUGAGUUUUUUGUUGAUGGAACAGCUAGCAGCGCCAAGCAGACAUGCAUAGAUACUAGAUUAAAUCGUGACAUGGCUCAGCCCCCGG